GACGCAAGGUCCACGCUGCCGCCUCAGCUGCCUCCUCACUUGAACUCGGCACGACGAAAUAGUCUGACCCUGGUUUUGUCAGCAGAUCCUCAGAUGCGGCUAUAAAAUAUUAAGGGCGAACAAAGGAUCUGCAGGAGCCAGGCCCCCGAGAUGAGUUUAGAGUCCUUUUUUCAGCACAUCAUCUUCACUGAGCAUCAGGCUGAGAAGAGUCGUAGAGAGAUGCGAGAAGUAAGGUCAGAAAUAGCCAGAUGUCGUGAAAAAGUUAAGCAAGCAACGGAGGCACUGAAUGAAGAGAAAGUCAAGUUGGAAGCUAAGGUUCAGCAGUUUUCUGAAAAAUCCUUCCUCUUACAGCUUUUGAAAACUCGUGAAAAUGCUUUAGAGAGACAGUGUGGUGAAAUUAUAAACCAAAGGGACAUGCUUCUCCAAACCUUUGAGGCUACAAAGAAAAAAGUGGCCAAGGAAGAGGAAACAUUUCUUAAGGAAAUUGCAGAUUUCAAUAAUGAGUAUGAAAUAACAAAGAAAAGGGAGCUUUUGAUGAGAGAAAAUGUCAAGAUGGAACUAUCUGACUUGGAAAACGAAGCUGAAGUUUUGAGAAGGGAAAUGAAGUCAGUGGAAUGUGAUAGUGGACAGUUAAAUGAACUUCAGAAACAAAAAAGUGAACUGUUAGAAGAAUUAUCUACACUCCAGAAAAAACUUAAAGUUCUUAAAGAUGAAGAGAAUGAAGCCAUUUGUACCACUAAGAACCUAGAGGCAGAAAAAAUCAAAAUCAAAGAAAAACCUCAAAAUGACCCUGAAUGCUUGAGACUUCAAAAAGAAUUAGACCUUUAUAAAGAUGAUGAUAUGGAAAGUGUCUGUGAAGCUCUCCAAACAGAAAUGCAAGUUUUGGAGUUGACUUUGGCACACAAAAAUCUUCAGGACAACAAGUAACUUUUCAAGAGUUGAUGAGCCACCUGACAAUUGACCAAAGUAUCUUACAGCUAAGUUGUUUGGAUGGAGACGUGAAUGGUACCUUUAUAGCACAUUCUUGUAUAAAGCAUGAGGCCCAGAAUAUUCAAAGUUGUUUCUAGA